GCUAGGCGGGAGGGACUAAUUCCCCGACCCCCGGGGACUGAGGGCCGAGACCCGCCAAGGUAAGAGAAGGCGUCAGUUCUUUCCGCCGCUCCCGGGUGCAGGCCUCAGUUCCGCUCCCCGCUCUCGCGCCGCGGGAGAAACCUUCCAGUCCGGCGCGCAUCGGAAGGUGAGAACGGUAGAGUCGGACCACCAGGGGGCGCUGCGGAGCCGGGGGACACCCCUCCCUGCCCGCUUCGGCCCCCCGCCCCCUCCCCGCCCGCGCGCAAAACACACUCGCCCCAGAGGCGGCGCGGCGGAGCCGGAGCCGCGGCCGGAGCGGAGCCGGAGAGCGGCGGUGGCGGUGGCGGCACCAUGACCCUGGGCAGCUGCUGCUGCGAGAUCAUGUCGUCCGAGAGCUCCCCGGCUGCGCUGUCCGAGGCCGACGCAGAUAUAGACGUGGUGGGCGGCGGCAGCGGUGUGGGGGAGCUUCCAGUCCGCUCCGGGCCCCGCGCCCCCCGGGACGUGCUCCCCCUCGGCCCCGAGCCUCCCCCGGAGGAAGCCGAGGCAGACGCAGCAGAGGACGAGGAGGAGUUGGGCGGCUGCUCGGAUGGCGAGCCCCGCGCUCUAGCGCCCCGGGGGGCGGCGGCCGCAGCGGGAAGCCCGGGAUCAGGCACAGCGGCGGCCCUGGGCGCGGUGGGGCCCGGGCCGGGACCUCCGACGGGGGGCGCGGCGACGCGGAGCCCGUUGGUAAAGCCGCCGUACUCGUACAUCGCGCUCAUCACCAUGGCCAUCCUGCAGAGCCCCAAGAAGCGCCUGACGCUGAGCGAAAUCUGUGAAUUCAUCAGCGGCCGCUUCCCCUACUACCGGGAGAAGUUCCCCGCCUGGCAGAACAGCAUUCGCCACAACCUCUCGCUCAACGACUGCUUCGUCAAGAUUCCCCGAGAGCCGGGCAACCCCGGCAAGGGCAACUACUGGACGCUGGACCCGGAGUCGGCCGACAUGUUCGACAACGGCAGCUUCCUACGGCGCCGCAAGCGCUUUAAGCGGCAGCCACUACCGCCGCCGCAUCCGCAUCCUCACCCGCACCCAGAGCUGUUGCUGCGUGGCGGGGCCGCGGCCGCCGGGGAUCCUGGCGCCUUCCUGCCGGGUUUCGCCGCUUACGGCGCCUAUGGCUACGGCUACGGGCUGGCGCUCCCUGCCUACAGCGCACCGCCGCCGGGCCCGGCUCCGCACCCGCAUCCACACCCGCACACGUUCGCUUUCGCUGCCGCAGCCGCCGCCGCGCCAUGCCAGUUGUCGGUGCCCCCAGGCCGCGCCACUGCGCCUCCACCCGGACCCCCGACGGCCUCGGUGUUCGCCGGCGCAGCCUCGGCUCCGGCCCCGGCUCCUGCCCCGGGCAUCGGGUCGGGCCCGGGCCCGGGCCCCGCAGGCCUGCCCGCCUUCCUAGGCGCGGAGCUGGGCUGCGCCAAAGCCUUCUACCCCGCGUCACUGAGCCCUCCCGCAGCCGGCACCGCAGCGGGUCUGUCCACUGCACUUCUGCGCCAGGGCCUCAAGACGGACGUGAGCGCUGGUGCAGGCGGCGGGGGCUCUGGGGCAGGGCAGAGGCCUUCUUUCUCUAUAGACCAUAUCAUGGGCCACGGUGGCGGCGGGGCAGCACCCCCGGGUGGCGGCGACGGCUCCCCGGGAUCGCCGUUCGCGGCAGCCGCGGGUCCUGGGGGUCAAGCCCAGGUCUUGGCCAUGCUGACUGCCCCGGCCCUGGCUCCGGUGGCCGGCCAUAUCCGCCUCUCACACCCCGGGGACGCGCUCCUGUCUUCUGGGCCCCCGUUUGCCGGCAAAGUCGCGGGCCUCAGUGGCUGCCACUUCUGACCGAGGCAGGCUCAGGGCCAGUGAGGCCAGCACUCCUCAAUCUCUCCCGGGAGCUCCUGCGUUCCCAGCGGAACUCAGGGAGUCUAUUUAUGAAGUCUCCAGACCUUGGACCCGCGCGCGUGGCUUGGCGCUUCAGGCUCCACUCUCAGAAUGUCGCCGAUAGUUGGGACGAAGCGGGCUCCAUCGCUCAGGGAGAGGCCCAGGUCUACGCGACGAGGUCGCAAGCAAGGAUCCCAAUCCAGUUUGACCAUUAAAAGGUUGGGGAGAGGAGUGAGCUUUCGCUUUUUCCCAGCCUCUGCGCCUCUCGCCAGCCCCGGAAGAAUGCCUUCUCCGAGAGAUCCCGCCAGAAACACCAACUGCGCUAAGAGAGGAAACAGAAUGCUUGUGUGGCCUCAAAAGGAAGUUGAUCCAUUAGGCCGAUGACUAUCAGUUCCAGGCAUGGCCUGUUGGUGGGAAUAUCUGCCCUCAAUUAAAGAUCCUUAUGCUGGGCUAAAAAAGCCAUCUUGCACUUUGCAAGGCUCUGCUGACUGCUGCUGAAAAUGACACACAGGGGCUCCUCCUGGCGCCUCCUCCCUCCCCCCGUUCACCUCUUCAAAAGGGUGAUGGCGGAGGUGUGAGCAGGGAGUCCUGUUCUGAAGAGGGAGCUUUGGGCCUGCUGCCUCCCAGCCAGUGACCACCUGUGGAGCACGCCAAGCAUAGGAAACUGAGGCACGGAAAGGGGACAGACUUCGCUAAGGUCACGUAGAGACAUUUGCAGAGUAAGGACCAAGCUCUCCUGACCCCCAUGGGAGCCCCUAGCUGUGUGAGGAGCUGGAACUGGUAUGUGAAGCAGGCAGAGAACAUGAGACACUGGGCUGAAACCAAGUUUGAGGUGGCUGUCCAGGUCGUGAAUUUCCUCCCAUGCGAGCAUCUGUGCAGGGAGCAUCACCUGUGGGAGUCCAGUCACCCCUGCCCAACCUCGAGCGUUAGUUCCUGAAACGGCUGUGGGAGGAGAAUUCCAGGUUCAGGAACUUUGGACCUACUGGGGAAAACAGCACUGUGGGAGAGGAUCAGGCAGUGUCCCAGGAGGAAACAAGUGGCACACUCAAGCUGGUUAAUGGAGGUCUCCAUUAUCGGAAUCAUCCAGAAGCUGAAGGGCAAGGAAGCCCACUGAUACCAGCCUUCCAGGCCAGCCUGCGGAGCACAGAAGAGGGGGAGGGGUAGAAAGUGGAUGUGGAGGGGCAAUGGGAGACGGAGAUGCGGAGUAACGUGGAUAUUGGAGAAGGAACAAGUUGAGUGGUCUUUAUUUAACCUUCGGCAGGGCCGAACAGAGGAGGAAUUUGAGGCACAGAGAGUUCAAGUGACUUAUCCAAUGCUGCACAGCUAUCUGUCACAGAGCUGGGACUUGAACUGCGGUAGAUCUCCCUGCAGAGACCUUUCCAACCAGCUCUUUCAAAUUGACUCAGGAGGCAGUGAGUUCCUGGUCACUGGAAGCAGAUCAUUGGUUCUGAGGGAAGCCAGCUGCCAUGUCAUGAGCAGUCCAAUGGAGAGGCCCCGUGGUGAGAAACUGAAGCCUCUGGCCAAUGCCAGUGAAGAACUGAGGCCUGCCAGACCACAUGAGUGAGCGUGGAAGGGGGUCUCCAGUCUCACUUAAACCUUGCGAUGACCAGUCUCAGCCCACAGCUUCACUGCAACCUCUUGAGGGACCUUGAGGCAGAACCAUUCAGCUUUGCUGCUCUCAGAUUCUCAAUCCUUGGAAAUGAUGAUUUCCUGAAUUUGGCCAGUUUCUGAAAGAAGGGAGAGUUUGCCAUGUCUGGAGUGAAUUUGGAUUGAUAUGAGGAACAUCUUUUUGGUACCAAGAGAGACAUUUACAAGUAGCUGCUGUCAGAUGGGGAGAAUUGAACUGGAGAAACCACUGACCAGAAGCUCUAUCUACUUCCCCCAGGACCAUAGGGUGAGCCUACAACUAUAGAAAAUUCUGGACAUUUUGGGGGCCCUAUGCUUGCCUCCU